CAGCUGUUCGCGCGCGCGCGCGCGCAUCUGGUCCGUCGUGUAUGCUCGUUCGGCCGAAAUAUCGCGGUAUAGGUGAUUAAUUGACGUUACGAUGACGUUCAUCAGCUCCUCGCACCUUUAAUCAUUCGCUGCUCGGCCGAUGAAACGAGAAACGAUGCUCGUGACGUGUGAUCGAGUCGCACGCCGCGGUCAAGAGUGCUGAGAGUCCGGCCCUCCCUCGCGACUUAUUUAACAUUUUUGCCCCGUCACCCUGUCGUGCGAUACAACACAAGACUGUGACUUCUCGGUUCCCGACGACGGACAAGAUGGACAGCAACAAGGACGAGGCGGAGCGAUGCACGGAACUCGCCGAGCGGUUUAUGCGGGAAAGAAAAUACGAGGAGGCCGAGAAGUUUAUUCGCAAGGCCCAGAGGCUUUAUCCGACGAAGAAGGCUGAGGAACUGUUGGCGGAAGUGGCGAUACUUUCGAAGCAAAACCAGAAACCAGAGGCUGCCGAGCCUACUGUUAGAAAACGCCAGAGUGCGACUAAAGAUGGAACACAUUCCCAGACUAAUUCGGAUUACACGAAAGAACAGUUGGAUCACGUGAAAAGGAUAAAAAAAUGCAAGGAUUAUUACGAGAUUUUAGGAGUCAGCAAAGACGCUACAGACAGUGAUAUUAAAAAAGCUUACAAGAAAUUAGCCCUUCAAUUGCAUCCUGACAAAAAUAAAGCACCAGGAGCGGCUGAAGCUUUUAAAGCCAUUGGUAAUGCAGUCGCUAUUCUCAUCGAUCCGGAGAAGCGAAAACAAUAUGACUUGUAUGGUCCUGAAGAAGAACGAAUGCAAAGUGCCCAACAUCGUCAAGGUCAUACACAUUAUAACUAUACUCGCGGAUUUGAAGCUGAUAUCACAGCUGAGGAACUAUUUAAUAUGUUCUUUGGCGUUGGCUUUCCGCAACAAGAAUUUUAUAUGCGUCGAACAGGUGGGAGAUGGACGAGGCAGCAAGAGGCCCAAGCGCAACAUGCUCAUUCUCAGCAAGCAAAUGGAUAUACUACAUUUCUUCAAAUGUUACCAGUUUUAUUACUAAUAUUGUUAACUAUGAUGAGUAGUUUCUUCAUAUCUGAUCCAGUAUAUAGUCUGCAUUCAAAUUCGAAAUAUUCUGUGGCCAGAACAACUCAAAUUCAACAUGUUCCAUAUUAUGUUAAAGAAAACUUUCAUAGUGAAUAUCAAGGCAGUUUACGUAGGCUAGAAAAUUCAAUCGAAGAAGAAUACUUCAAUAAUUUAAGACAAGCCUGUGCAAGAGAGAAAAAUUACAAGGAAGCCAUGAUGUGGAAAGCCCGUAAUUUCGGAGAUCAUGAUUUAUAUAUGAAAGCUAAAAAUCUCGAAAUGCCUUCGUGUAAGAAAAUACAAGAAAGUGCAAGAUAAAUUCUGAUAAAAAAAAUAUGAAUUAAAUAGAAGAUCUAUUGUGUAGAUAAAUGUAUAUUAUAUUUAUACGUAUAUAAUUGUUUUUGGGUGUGAUGAAAAUUUGGCAUAUAAAAUGCAGUUACAUAUAUCAUAUUUCUAUACACCCGAAGGGUAAAUCAUAUUUCAAAGUCCACAUAGAGAACAUACAUUUGGACUACUUUUUAGCUGUUUAUUCUAUGCAUAUAAAUUAUAAACUGCAUGAUGAAUGACUGAGUGUUCAAAGUGAAUAAGGUUUUAUUCUUUAGUUGGACUCGCGCGAGUAAAAAUAAAGAAAAAUUUCGUUCAUACUUCAUAUAAUCCAUUUAAACAAAUGUGUGUGUGUGUAUAUAUAUGUGUGUACAUAUACAUACAUACA